AAUCGCAAACAUGAAAGAAUCAUGGGCAAUAUUAGCCCUGCUGUUAUUGUUGUUUAGGGCCGCCCGUGCCCAAACGGAUGUUUGCGAAGAUCAGCCAAAUUUUUCGUUCGUUGCAAAUGCAGACUAUUGCUACAGAUAUUUCCUGUGUAUCUAUGGAACUCCUUAUCCGAUGCGAUGUUCUGGAGAUCUUUGGUUUGAUGAAGAAUCACAGAGAUGCCAAGAUCCAUCGACCACGAUAUGUGAAGCAGACGGAGGACCAUCGACUCCCACGGAAGGAAUCUGCGAUGACACGGCGAAUGGUGAACUGGUGUUACAUCCGGACUUCUGCAACACUUACUAUAUAUGUUUCGGUGAAGCUGGAGUGGCUGUGGUUUGCCCUGAAGGUAUGUGGUUUGACGUGGAGCGUCAAAUUUGCGCCGAUGCAUUAGAUGUGAGCUGCCCACACGGACCUACAGGAUCCGCUAGAUGUCGGCUGGAAGAAGAUCUUGCUUUGGUCCCAAGCGAUACCGAUUGCAAUCGAUUUUACAAGUGCAUCAAUGAGUUCCCGUACCCAAUGGUUUGCCCAGACAACACGUGGUUCGAUUCAAGCAGAGAUGUUUGCAAUGAUUCAGUCAAUGCUGAUUGUGUUAUCGAGCCUGAACAGCCAACCACCAACAUCUGUAAUUUUAUGGUAGAUACUUGGCUAGUACCGAAUCCAACAGUGUGCAACAAAUACUAUGUUUGUGUGAACGAAAUUGGGUGGCCCAAGAUUUGCCCUCUAAAUAUGUGGUUCGAUGAAGCAGGACAGACAUGUGCUCCCGCUGGUACCAUAGAUUGUCCUCUUGGGCCGGCCAUUCCUCCAGAGACCACGACUUCACCUACAAGUCGAUGCGACGACGUUGAGAAUCUCUACUUAGUUCCCAGUGAUGAAAAUUGUUAUCAGUAUUAUCAAUGUCUAAAUGGUGUGCCUUUCCCAUUGGUAUGCCCACGUGAUCAAUGGUUCUCAGAAGAAAUGCAACGCUGUGUUGAUGAGGGCACAAUUGAAUGCGAGAUCGAUCACGAUCCGCCGCCUGCAACUGCAACGCCAGGAAUCUGCACCGACGUCGCUGACGGACAACUCAUUUUGCAUCCACUGUACUGCAAUCGAUAUUACAUCUGCGUUAAUGAAGUGGGCACUUCAAUCACUUGCGCUCAGGGUCUAUGGUUCGACGUACAAAGCCAAUCUUGCACAAACCCGAUCUUCGUUGACUGCCCGCAUGGACCGACUACGCCAGCCCCUGAUCCAUUCGCCGUUUGUGAUGGAGUGCUCGACUAUCGGUUUGUUCGAAGCGAGUACUACUGCUACCGAUACUUCCACUGCAUUGGAGGAACUCCGUAUCCACUUGUUUGCCACGAUGGAAUGUGGUUCGACGAAAGCAGGCAGGUGUGUGACCGCGAGGAGUACGUGGAGUGCGAUGCAAUUCCUCCGCCAAUUGUGCGACCACCCGAAAUCGAUGGAAUUUGCAACGACGUAGAAGAUGGUUACCUGGUCCCGCAUCAUACGUUCUGCAAUGAGUUUUUUAUGUGCGUUCGAGACGUAGGUUGGUCAUUGGUUUGCCCUCCCGGACUGUGGUUCGAUGAAGAGCAACAAACUUGUUCCCUGGGUGGGACCGUUCCGUGCAGUCUGGCUCCCGAGCGUCCCGCUGUUACCGAAAGUCCGUACGCCGUGUGCACAGGAAUUCCAAACAUGGCUUACGUACGUGAUCCCGACUACUGCUACCGGUACUACAAAUGCGUUAGCGGAUCUCCGUUUCCAAUGAUUUGUCCAAGUGGGCAGCUAUUUGAUCAACGGCAGCAGAGCUGCAGGGAUGCGGCUGAAGUUGAGUGUCCCAUCGAAGACGAAUCUCCACGCCCACCAGCGAGUUCGGGUGUUUGCUCUGGGGUACCAAGUGGCAUCCAGGUGCCCAAUCCAAGUGCAUGUAACCAGUUUUAUAUAUGUGUGGAUGAAGUUGGUUUUCCUCAAGUGUGUAAUUUUGGACUGUGGUUCGACGAAGAUCAGCAAAAUUGUUUACAGCCAGAAGAAUCUUUUUGUGAUCUUGGGCCGCCAAUAACAACAACGGUGGCUCCUCAUCCUUGGAUUAUGUGUGACGAUGUUCCUAAUUACUCCUACGUUGCGAGUACCAAUUACUGCUAUCGCUUCUUCCAAUGCAUUGAAGGCGCACCAUUUCCAAUGAUCUGCCGUGGUAACCUGUGGUUCGAUUUCGAAUCUCAAAGCUGCAAGAAUCCCGAAGAUGUAUACUGCAUUGUGAGUCCGAAUCCUCCAGUGGUGCCAUCAACUCCGGGAAUCUGCACCAAUGUCACUGAUGGUCGACAAGUGCGAAACCCGCUGGCCUGUAAUCAAUUUUACGUUUGUGUCGAAGGCGUAGGCUAUUCAUUGGUGUGUCCCGAUGGUAUGUGGUUUGAUGAGUUCUAUCAGGUUUGUCAACAGCCUUCGCUGACGUACUGCCCGCUGUCCCCACAAGUCACCACACCUUCACCUUAUGAACGCUGUCUGGGUGAGGACGACAACAGGCUGUUGCGUAACGACUUCUACUGCUACCGAUAUUAUCACUGCAUCAACGAAGUGGCAUAUCCGAUGAUUUGCCGUCCAGGAAGGUGGUUCGAUUUCGAUCGUCAAUUGUGCGAUCUAACAAACAACGUAAUAUGCGAACUGCGACCUGGCAAUCCUGGACCAAUCGUAUCGACGCCAGCAAUUUGCGAAGGUGUGGACGAUGGACAGUUUGUACGAAAUUGGAAUUACUGCAAUCAGUACUAUCUUUGUGUGGAAGAGAUUGGUCACAGUCAGAUAUGUCCGGACGGCUUGUGGUUCGACGAACUGCGACAAACUUGUGAUCGUUCAGAUAACGUGUACUGCCCACUGGGAGCAUCCACCUCAGCUCCAACUUUAGAAAGCCGUUGCUUCGGAGUGCAGGAUCUAUCGUUUAUAAAUGAUGACGAAUACUGCUACCGAUUCUUCCAAUGCAAGAAUGGCGUUCCAUAUCCGAUGAUCUGCAGUGGUGAUCUGUGGUUUGCUGAAGAAAGUCAACAAUGUUUGUCAAAGGAUCAAGUGACUUGUGAAGCUGCUGACCGCCCGGAGGUUGAUCCACCAACCGAUGAUAUUUGUGCCGGUAUCACAAAUGGACGCCAAGUUUUGCAUCCACAGUUUUGCAAUCAGUUCUACGUGUGCAUCGAUCAGGUCGGCUUCCGCCAGGUUUGUCCGCUUGGAUUAUGGUUCGAAGAGGAUCGGCAGAGCUGCGUGAAUCCUGAACAGGUGGACUGUCCCCAUGGACUCUACCCGACGCCAUCGCCAAUCGAGGGUAUUUGCGAUGGGGCCUCAUCAGGAUCGAAAGUACCAAAUCCUGAGGACUGCACGUGGUUCUACAUAUGCGUCGAUGAAGUUCCAUUUGCUUCUCCGUGUGCGGAGGGAUUGGCGUUCGACAAGAAUCAGUUAACAUGCGUUCCAGAGGCGGAGGCUGAGUGCGCAGACGUUGUGGCCACAGUGCCCGCUCCUGGGCCGUGCUAUGGAGUUGAUGACCAUACUCUGGUAAGAAAUCCGUACAACUGCGAAGCGUUCUUCUCGUGUCUGGGAGGUCAUGCGACUCCAACUUUCUGUCCGCCUAAUAUGUACUUCGAUGAGACACUGCAGAUAUGUGAUUCAGCAGCAAAUGUUGAAUGUGAUUUGGAUAGUUAGAGGUUUGUAGGCAACUUUAUUAUGAUUGUGUAAUAAAUAAUGACGUUAAAUUGAAUCAUUCCAUGUAAAACAGGGAUAAAUAAUAUAAAUAUAUAAAUAUAGUAUUGAAUAAUUUAUCCGUUUUUUGUCGAACAUAGGGUUCCGCAACGUAAAGAUACUGUGAAAUAAAAAUACGCUUGACAAUUAAA